AACCGCAAUUAAAAAGAAAAGAAGAAGAAGUGGUGGUGGUGGUGAGGUGGACGCGCCCGACAAGACACGAGUUCAGUUUGUGACUCAGCAGAGUUUUACUCGAGAAGCGCCCGUCAGUCAGAAGAAACUCGAUUGACUCAGCGCUAUGGCAGACGAGGAGCUCGCAGGCCAGGCUGACCGCUCCGAGGUUUUCUCCGCCGAGGACUACGCUGCCGAGUCGAUGGCCGCAGACAUGGACCCGUGGAUCGUAUUCGAUGCCCGGAAAACCCCCAGAGCUGAAUUCAACGCCUGGUUAGAGACCAACAGACCCUCGCAGGUCCUGCGCUAUGGGGACGAGGAGGGAGGGUCCGGACCGGUGGGCUGGAUCUCCGUACGGGGGCCGGACUCCUGGAAGGACAUGGCGGACGUCGAGGGUCUCCAGGAGAGCUGGGAAACGCUGCUGAACAGCGGCCGGAGUAUCACGUUUCACACCAUCAAGGAGCUCGCGUUGAACCAUAACGUGCUGGUGGGCAAGUGGCUCAUGCAUUUGGACACCGGCUUCAAAGUGGACCGCGCCUGGGAGUGCAUCGCCAGGUCCACGGUCGACGGCAAGAUCUCGUCUGCUAAAGUGAGCCCGAGAAAUCCCAAAUCUGACGAGAAGCACGUGAUCUGUGCUUACAACAGGAACUUUACCGAUGAAGAGGAGGUGAUGCGGUUGGACGCGGCCAUCCGUGCGGCGGGAGUCAAGUGCGUCCUCUACUACAAACCAGACGUGUACUCGUAUUUGGGAAUCUACAGGAAGAACCGCUGGAAACUCUGCCCGACCAUCUACGAGAGCAUGUUUGAUCUGGAGAGCGUGCCACGGCGAUCCCACAUCAUCAACAGGGUCACCAAUCUCGAAGUCACUUAGAUGAAGAACAGCUGUGAUGUCCUCCCAAAACUGAUGAAGACUCUGAGCAGUCCGACAGAUGAUGAAGCUCGUGAGGAGCAGAGCUGGAAAAUCCUCAAAACCCGUUUGUUUUCGUUUGUCAAUCGCAGGACGCGCUGUUUUAUUACAGUAAUGAAGAAGAAGAUGAUGAAGAUGAUGACCACACAGAAUUGCAUGCUGACCGAUACUUUAAAGUUAAGGGCUUUAAAAUGCCUCAUUUCUUUAUUGCAGGGCUGCAUAACAACUAAUCGCUUGCAGAAUAAAGUUUUUGUUUACAUCUACUGUGUAUAAUAAUUCUGUAUAUAUAAAUAAAUA